GAGCUCUCACACUGCCAAAGCAGAGAGUAAAUCCAACAACAGAGUUGUCCCAACUCGAUCGUCCGUACCAACACCGAUCGACCAGCAUUUUUCCAUCAAAAAAAGUAAUUUCAGUUUGAUAAGAACAAGAUCGCUCUAAAUGCACGUACAUCGAGCUCGAUCCUCUCUCUAAAUUCAAUCAUCACCCUAACUUUUUUGGUUCUCUCUCUCUUCUGACACCAAAAACAGAGAGAGAGAGAGAUAUGAACGACCAAUUAUCCAAACCAACAGCGAUCUUCGGCCUCCGCUUGUGGGUCGUCCUCGGGGUCUGCGUCGGAGCCUCCUUCGUCCUCCUCCUCUUCCUCAUAUCUCUCUGGUUCGCCUCUAAAAGAUCCAAGAACAACAACAAUGACAAGUCUUCGCAAAUACCCACAAUUCCAAUUGUAUCGAAAGAUAUUUUAGAGGUUGGUUUCGAUCAUAGCCACAGGCCAAAGCGGACCCAGAUUGAUCACGACCCGUUUCCCUAUCCCGACACGGCUCCGGGAACGGACCGGCAAGCAUUGCUCCCGCCUCCGGAGGAAGAGAGCCCGUUGGGUUAUCGGAGAAUCCAAAUCGAAAUCGGCAAGGAUCAUCGGAUUUCUUACCCGGCAAGGUUUGGUAGAUCUUGUUAUAAUAAUGAAAAUGGUGGUGGUGGUUAUCAGGUGACUGUGGCCGUCCCUGAGGUUUCCCACUUGGGUUGGGGGCAUUGGUACACUCUGAGAGAGCUCGAGGCGUCGACGGACGGCUUCUCGCCGUUGAAUGCCGUCGGAGAAGGCGGCGACGGGAUUGUCUACCAUGGUGUUUUGGAAAACGGCACUCACGUUGCUAUCAAGAACUUGCUCAAUAAUAGGGGACAAGCUGAGAAGGAGUUCAAGGUUGAGGUUGAAGCAAUUGGACGAGUUAGGCACAAGAAUUUAGUGAGAUUGCUUGGUUAUUGUGCUGAAGGAGCUCAUAGGAUGCUUGUCUAUGAGUAUGUAAACAACGGGAGUCUAGAGCAAUGGCUACAUGGUGAUGUAGGACAUUGUAGUCCUCUUACUUGGGAGAUUCGGAUGAAUAUCAUCUUGGGAAUAGCGAAAGGGUUGACUUACCUUCAUGAAGGACUAGAGCCUAAAGUCAUCCACCGUGAUCUCAAGUCAAGCAGCAUUAUACUCGACAAGCAAUGGAAUCCCAAGGUUUCAGAUUUUGGCCUCGCCAAACUCAUUGGCUCAGAUAGGAGCUACACCACAACUCGUGUCAUGGGAACAUUUGGCUACGUGGCUCCUGAAUAUGCAAGUACAGGCAUGUUGAAUGAAAGAAGUGAUGUGUACAGCUUUGGAGUUCUUAUGAUGGAAAUAAUUUCUGGCAGAAAACCGGUUGAUUGUAACCAACCUUCAGAAGAGGUGAAAUUAGUGGAGUGGCUUAAGAAGAUGGUUAGUAACAGGGAUUCGGAGGGAGUACUGGAUCCGAAGCUACCUCAGAAGCCGGUUUCUAAGACGUUGAAGCGGGCUCUUCUUGUUGCCUUACGUUGCGUCGAUCAUAAUGCACACGAGCGGCCUAAGAUGGGACACGUUGUACAUAUGCUUGAAGCUGAUGAACCCCCCUUGAAAAAUGGUCGGAUGGCUCGAAGGGACACAGGGCAAUGAGCCGGUGAGAGAUGAUGUCGGAAAUUACUGGAGCGGGAAGGUGGAGUGCCAUUGCGAUAAACAGGGCCAAAUCAAGAGGAAAAACAGAUGUCUUUUGAAGGGUAUUGCUGAUCUUGAACUCUGUUUAAAAGUUGGCCAUCCGUGUAAAUGCUGAUUAAUUCGUUCAUUCAUAUGGCACUCGAUUUGGCGUCUUGAUUAUGGAUUUAUAGCUAGCUAAUACAAGAAAAAUAUGCUUCAGUGUUGAUAAACACUAGAGGUAGAAGAUAAAGCAUUUAUCAAGAGUUGUAUAUU